AGCCUCGGGCCGCCGGCAGCAGAAGUCUGAGAUCCAGAGGAGUCAUGGCUGCUGUGUUCGCUGUCCUUCUGUUGGGGCUGCUUGCCGCCGCCGCCGCCGACGUCCCCGCCGCCCCCAGCUGUGAUGAUGUCAUCACCCCGCUCCGCAGGGACCAAGCAGACAAGGCGUUGGGCUCCUGGGUUCUGGUGGGUUCCGUGACAGAUGAGAAGACGGGUCUGCUGCCUCAGCUCUCCAGCUCCUUCAUGGAGCUCUCGCUGUCGGAGGACAACAGCUCCUUCACCUACAGCGAGAGGAACGGGUUCGGCAAUGGGUCGUGUGUCUGGUACCACAUCGUCGGUGACAUUACGGACGAAGCCAACCUCACUGUGAGGCUCCACACUAUGGUGCGUGACCAGGGCGGUGUGGAGAUCACCACUCGGGGGUUCAUCGGACAGAUCACUCUGUUCCAGAGCUGUCCGUCCUGCCCUGAGGACCGGCUCACCUCCUACUACAGCGGCGUGUACGACCCCACAGACAGCAACUCCACCAACGUCCAGUUCACACUCGACUACAGGAGGGAGGGGCAGCACCAGGACCUGGAGGCUCUGAAGGAGGUUCCUCUGAGCACCAGACAGCAGGCCGUGUGCCUCAACAUGACAGAAAUCACCGGGGAGUACACCUACGACGGAGUCUCAGGUGAGGCCUACCGUACAGCGAGGCCUACCGUACAGCGAGGCCUACCGUAGAGCGAGGCCUACCGUAGAGUGAGGCCUAGCGAACAGUGAGGCCUACUGUAGAGUGAGGCCUACCGUAGAGUGAGGCCUACCGUAGAGUGAUUCCUACUGUAGAGUGAGGCCUAGUGUAGAGUGAGGCCUACUGUAGAGUGAGGCCUAGUGUAGAUUACCAGUAGAGUAUUAGUCAUACAGGAGAGUACCAGUAGAGUACCAGUAGAGUAUUAGUCCUACAGUAGAGUACCAGUAGAGUAUCAGUCCUACAGUAGAGUACCAGUUGAGUAUCAGUCCUACAGGAGAGUACCAGUAGAGUAGUCCUACAUCAGAGUAACAGUAGAGUAUUAGACCUACAGUAGAGUACCAGUAGAGCACCAAUAGAGUAUCAGUCCUACACUAGAGUACCAGUAUAGUAUUAGACCUACAGUACAGUACCAGUACAGUACCAGUAGAGUAUACUGCAGUACUGAUGUUGAUCUCCUGUCCCUCUCAGAGCCGUGUCCCAGGAAGGUGCUGGUGCUGAAA